AUUUUUAUUUGUAAUAUUAAUUUAUUAUUUAUAUCACGGAAUGACACCGCUGCUGCUACAACGCCCACUGGGGGGAGUCCCAGACUACUAGUUUAUAAUAAUUAAUCAAUUUAAUUGCUUCAGUAAAAACCUUUAAAAAUAUGUCUUGCUUUUAAGUACUCUUAAUGCUUACGUAUUUCAUUAUGGUAAAAGUUUACAUAUCGAAUAUCUUUACAAUCAAAAUUAUAGUUAGUUCCUAUUACGAUUUCCUGUCUUCCCUAGCGGCGAUUAAUCAAUAUAUAUAUUUGAACGUUGCCAGAUGUCGCAACUUUAUCUCAUACUUUUUGUAACCAAGAUCAGAUUUCGUUAUAAAUUAUUUUUUUUAUAAAACAAUCAAUUUUGAAUUAUUUUUGUUAUGUAGUAAUUAUUUAAACGUUCGUUAAAAUUUGAUCUCGACGCGGGAUAGGUAAAUUCAUAUUUCGACCGUCAGGUAGCGCCGAGACUCUCCGCCGAUGAUGUCACAUCCGAAAGUGAUGUAAAUUACGUCACUUCCUGGUUCAAGAUUCCAGAAUUUUCUAGUAUUCGUCCGAGACUUAUUCGUGCGGAAACGUGUUCUUCGAAUUUAUUAACGCUCUUUCGUCGAUAACCAAAAAAGAUGGCAAAGUGGGGCGAAGGAGAUCCCAGAUGGAUAGUGGAGGAGAGACCCGAUGCUACCAACGUCAACAAUUGGCAUUGGACUGAAAAGAAUGCCUCUCAGUGGUCUAAAGACAAAAUAUCGGAGCUUUUCUUAAAUUUAAAGCUGGACGACGACAUCGGUUGCUGCGAAAUUACAGAAAUCACUAGUUGCGAAGGCGAAGCUGUAGUUAAUAACAGAAAAGCGAAAUUGAUAUUUUUUUACGAAUGGGUUAUUAAAAUGAAAUGGAAAGGUAAGAUUUUUAAAAGUAUUUUACAAUCAAAAAUGUAUUUAACAACUAAAGAUAUAAACUUUGGAAAGAAUGGCACCAUUGCAUCUUGGCUAGUGCCACAUUCAAUUUUUGUUUUUAUUUCAAGAAUUUUUGUAAAAUAUUUUCAAUGAUUAGUGAUACCAAAUGCCAGUAAGAAUUAAAUAGUAAACUUUAUUUUAGACGUUAUUUGUCAUGAAAACAUGGGUAAAAUUGCAGAUAUCAGAGGAGGAGAAGCUAUUGUUUUGACAGUUUUGUUCUUUUGACUGCUAAUGUUUAAAAUGGCUGUGAGCAACUUCUCUAUAGUAAUGAGCCAUGAGACAAUAUUUUCAUGUGAAAUUAGGCCAAAACACUAGAAGUGCUGGAUUUAUUGUCAAUUUUACAUAGAAUUUAACUGUGUGAGGUAGUAACAUAAAAUAUGAAAUUAAAGAAGGAAGUUACAUGACAAUACUAGACUCCAAGACUUUAUACCCUUUGAUAGCAACAUAAAGGUUGAUUUACACAGUACAACUGUUGAUGUUUUGUCACACUCAAAAAUGACAGAUUCAGAUGUUUACAUGUUAUUUUGCAUUACAACUUGUGAGUUACACUGAACAUGUAUAAGAUCAUUUGUUUUUCUUGAAAACACUACCUUUGAUAA